CUGCUGCUCGCGUACAAGGUCCGGCGCCCGGCGAGCUUCUUCCUGCUCCGGGGCAACCACGAGUGCGCGUCCCUGAACCGCAUCUACGGCUUCUUCGACGAGUGCAAGCGGCGCUACUCCGUCAAGCUCUGGCGCGUCUUCGGCGACUGCUUCAACUGCAUGCCCGUCGCGGCGGUCGUCGGCGACCGGAUUCUGUGCAUGCACGGCGGCCUGAGCCCCGAGCUCGAGUCGCUGGACCAGAUCCGGGCGCUGGCGCGGCCCACGGAGGUGCCCGAGGACGGGCUGCUCUGCGACCUGCUCUGGUCCGACCCGGAGCCGCGCGUCACGGGCUGGGGCUACAACGGCCGCGGCGUGUCCUACACGUUCGGGCCCGACGUCGUCGACGAGUUCCUCGAGCGCCAGGGCCUCGAGCUGAUCUGCCGCGCGCACCAGGUCGUCGAGGACGGCUACGAGUUCGCCUGCGGCCGCAAGCUCGUGACCAUCUUCUCCGCGCCCAACUACUGCGGCGAGUUCGACAACGCGGGCGGCAUGCUCGUCGUCGGCGCGGACCUCCGCUGCUCCUUCAAGAUCCUCCGCCCCGUGCGC